AUGGGCUCUUGGAAGAUUAGAGAUGAGAAAAACACCAGCACUCGCGAUGAGAUAAUUAGUCGGACAGGAAGAACGGCAACAAUCCAUGUUUCCGACCUUGCCAACCAGGAGUCUGUGAAGAGAAUAAUUCCCACGAUCGCCAGGUCAGGUAGAGGGAUGGAUAUUCUGUUGAACUGUGCUGGGGUGCAGAGACGGCACCCGAGUGAGAGCUUUCCUGAUGACGAUUGGGAUGAGGUUCUCCAAGUUAACUUAACGUCUGUUUUUACGCUAUGUCGAGAAUUUGGUGCGUAUAUUCUGUCUCGUGAUGCUGCCAGUUUCCAGUCUGGGCGGAGAGGGACCAUCAUCAAUGUGGCAUCCCUUCUCUCGUUCCAAGGUGGCAUCACGGUACCAGCAUACGCAGCAUCAAAGGGUGGGGUAGCCCAGCUAACCAAGGCCCUGUCGAACGAAUGGAUGUCUAAGGGCAUUUCAGUCAACGCCAUUGCACCUGGAUAUAUCAAUACGGACAUGAACACUGAAUUGAUGGAUAAUCCAGAGAGGAACAGUGCCAUCCUUGCUCGGAUUCCUGCGGGAAGGUGGGGCAUUCCUGAUGAUUUCAAGGGUGUGGUGGUGUUUUUGGCCAGUGAAGCCAGCAGUUACGUAUCUGGGGAAAUCAUCUGUGUCGAUGGGGGGUGGAUGGGACGAUAG